AUGCUACCAGGACAGAGCACAACAGUUUGUGGAGCAGUUUACGGAUCCGGAUGGACGACAAGCAGUCCUGAAAUCACGUUCCAACUCCUGGGCAAGACGGUAGACAUCCUCGGGGGUCAUCGAUCGGAUUUAAAACUAAGUCCGUCGAUAGAAAUCUGGCCUCGCAUAGCAGAUCUUCGACAUAGUAACGAAAAAUGCUACCAGGACAGAGCACAACAGUUUGUGGAGCAGUUUACGGAUCCGGAUGGACGACAAGCAGUGUACGAUCAACUGGUUGAGGAGCUGAGGAAACCUGCUCUUGAGCCUGAGAUCACGUUUCAACUCCUGGGCAAGACGGUAGACAUCCUCGGGGGUCAUCGAUCGGAUUUAAAACUAAGUCCAUCGAUAGAAAUCUGUCCUCGCAUAGCAGAUCUUCGACAUAGUAACGAAAAAUGCUACCAGGAGAGAGCACAGCAGUUUCUAGAGCAGUUUACGGAUUCUUGCAUCUUCAUAUUGAGUGGACACAUAGCUUCGAUCCAGUCUGUGGCACUCUCCCCUGACGGCAGAUGCGUUGUCUCGGGGUCGUGCGACCGGACAAUUCGGAUCUGGGAUGCAGAGACGGGGAAGCCAGUGGGAGAACCAUUCCGAGAACACACAGAUGAGAUCAACUCUGUCGCAUUCUCGCCUGACGGCAGGCGCAUAGUCUCUGGGUCAGACGACAAGACAAUUCGGAUCUGGGAUGUGGAGAUGGGGAAGCCAGUGGGAGAGCCAUUACAAGGACACACAGAUUGGAUUGCGUCUGUCGCAUUCUCGCAGUACUUUACAGUGCCCCACCUAUUCCUGCAGGAAUGGGAUCAUUCCAGUGGAAUUCCAGAGGAAUAG